UUGGGAGCAUCAUGCCAGAUCAGUACCAGCCAGCACCGCCCGCCGCUGUGGCACCACAUCUGAAUCCAUGGGAGGUGAAUCCAUAUACGGACGAACAGAACCGCGCGAUGUGGCGCAGCUGGGCCCAGAGCCUGACCAGAACGCGAUGCAAGGCGUCGGCGUUGCAUUACUUUGACAAGAGCAUCAAUGACCAGGAUCCGAAUCGUUACGUGGCGCUGUGCAUGCGAAGCAGAUUCAAUCGGAGCAUCGCCAAUGCGGCGCAGGCACUGAAGGACAGCUACCGGGCGGCUGAGGCUGCCCCGGGCAAUCCCUACGUCAAUCUGCAGGUGGCCGAUGCGCUCUACGAUCUGAAUAGGUUCGAGGAGAACAAGAUCGCGCUGCACAACAAUUCGCUCAUCGCCAAGGGCACCAAGCGGAUGUCGUUCCAACGUCGGUUGAUGGUUGUGAACGGCAACUUUCAGGACAGUGUGGGCGCCAGUCUGGGUCCGUUCUUUCUGAAGAACUUGGCGCGCUUGACCCGAAUCUAUGAGGUGACAUUGAGGCCGGAAAGGAUGAGGCCAACAAACACGCGCUGGCGGGCGCUCAAGGAUCUCAAUGAGUGCGACGUGAACAGCCAUAAGGAAAGGAAAAGUAUACGGAUAUCGCCGAUGGAGACGGCGCGACGCAAGCGUAAGAUGAAAAUCUACAAUCAAAACUAUUUGAAUGGCUCCUGGAUAGAUGUUGCCUUCCUGAAGGCUCUGCGCCAUAAUCCGAUUGUGCUCAUGGACAAGUACUACAAGUCCGCCAAGGAGCGGCGGGAGUAUUUAAAUAAUUCCUAUGCGUGUACGAAAAGGUUCAUCAAAAUGCUGCACAGUCGCAGUCCCAUGUACAACGAGCAAUACCAACGCUUGUCCAACCCAAGGGUCAUGGACCGCCUCCACCAGGCCAAUUUGUUUCGUAUACAGUUUCAGGCGCGUCGCAGUAUGAUAUCGAUACUGCGAACUAUACGCGAAAUACGCGAACAGAAGGACGUGCAGCGCCUGCGCAAGUUUGUGGCAAAGAUAAUGGGCGAGUUUGUAGUGCUGAAGACGAAGGCGGUAAUGCCGUGGAAAAUAGAGUUCAUGAACGAGGUGUACAAUCACUUGGCGUUGAGCCUGUGCGAGGUGUUUAAUAUACCGAACUACAAGGUGUCGCCGUACGAUAACGAUUCCAUGUGCCGUCUGCUUGGCGUCAAUCCCUUCAGGCCCUCCGAGGUGCACCAAGUUGUGUUUGGCAGGCGACCGUCGUAUGUGUAUGACGAGACGAUGCCUGUCAGCGAACAGGUCAGGGCGUUUAAGGUGGCCAGAGCGACGCUGGAUAGGCGCCUCUACUUCUCCAAGCUGCCCAUCGAGCGUAGCUAUCUGCUGUUCGAGAUUGCGGAUUGUUUGCUGCAGCAGAAUCAUCUGGUGCAGUGCCUGCUCUAUGCGAAGCGCUCCAUCGAUGAGGCGAGGCGGGCGAAUAGUAAGAUCUGGGAAUUUCUAGCCACCAUGAUGCAGGCGAAGGCGCACGCGAUACUCUGCAAGUACGAGCGGCAGUCGGAGGUGCUCAACUCCGCCUAUAGGCUGGCCAAGGACCUCAAGUCGCCCAAGCUCUGCACCUUCAUCGAGCUGUGCCGCAUGCUCAACAAGGACUACAUGAUUCUGCGAAAGAUGGCUCCACCGCUGACCACCAGGCGACUACGCUACAGGGCCUCCAAUCGCUUGAGCACCGUGGGGUAGAUGUCAGUAUCGCGACAGUGAAGCGAGUGCCGUACAAUCAUCACAAUGCGGGACUUUCCCGCAUUCCGUUGUGCAGCACCCGCUUCACUGGCUCGACUACGACUCGAGCUGAGACCCGUUUUUAGCGUAGCUAGUAGCUAGUAGCUAGUAGAUAGUGUUGUUUCAAUCGAUCAAAUCAACCUAGAUAUUUCAAAUUUUACGAUAAGUUUAACAAUCCACAUAAAUGGACAUUACAAAAUUAUGUGAUUCAUAAGGAGCACACA